AUGGCUGAGCGUGGGCAGCAGCUCCAGCCCACGACUUUGGCUUCGAGGCUGCUGAGGGAGGGUCGAAACUGCGGAUGGUACCUGGAGAACCUGCCUUCCAAGUGUCUCACAAAGCACAGCAGCCUGAAGCUCCCAGGAUCCCUGGACAGUAGUCGGCGCUGGGUGUUUGUGAGAGAGGGGCUGGAGGACUGCAGGAAAGGCUGGCCCCGAUACCAGGGCCUCAAGGAUGCUUUUCUGCCUCAUAUUCAUCACAGAGCCCCCAAUGUGACCCCCAAGAAAAGGCAGAGAGGCCUGCCCAAGGAGGCAACCCUGUUGCCCAGGCUUGCGAAAGCUGAGAAGGCCUUUCUAGAGAAUGUGGAAGCCAGCAUGGCCCUGCACCCCCUGGCUCUCUACCCGCACCUGCAAGAGGCUCUUCCCGCUGAGCUCUUAUUACAUGUGCUGGAGGUGCUGGACCCUGAGAGGAAGCUGAGGGACAUGUGGGCUUAUUGCCAGGAUACCAGGGAAUUAAUGAAGGAACCCACAAAGCUUGUAGAAACAUGUUCUCCCCAAGAGUGCCUGCCUGAGAAGACGCUGGUGUCACAUUCAGGCCAGUGGCUUUGUGAGGAAAAGCCAAGCACAGUGGAUUCGCUCCAUAAAGACAGUCUCCUCCAUGGUGAUGUACACAGAAGAGUCAACGACUUCUGCAACUGGGCCUCGGCUCUGGGAAGUUCCAGUGUCGAUGAAGAAUUCAUCUUGCAGCAGUUUGACGUUGGCUAUCAGACCAGACGCAGCUGCAAUGCCCUUCACAUGAGGAGGCUAAACCAGGACAAACCCUUCAUCCGUGGCCGACCCUCCGUGCGAGAACGCUGUGGCUGCUGGAACAAACCUCAGUCCUCUACAGGAGCAAAUCCUCAUAAGCCGAAGCAGGAGAAGACGAGGUAUGGAGCGCGGUACCUGAACACCAACUUGUGGAAGAAGCAAAGAGCAGACAAACCUUUGGUCGACCCCAAGAUCUCACACAAUGCUCAAGAUACAAGUUUUAAAAAGCAGCUUCGGGACCAGGGGGAGCUGCUGGCAGGCCUGCAGGGAACAGCUGCCUUUAAGAGCUUCAUUCUAAGCAGAGGCUACAGGAUGCCCAAGUUCCUUGAGAAGAUAUAUGAUGCGGAGAAAGGUAAAUCUGAAAGUAUUAAGGCUCCUAAAACCCCCACACAAACAGAGAGGAAUCCUGGGAGAAGGUGAGUCGGCAUUUAUUGACAGCACUUGGGUACUGCUCCGUUAUUUUAAUUAUUAAGUAGAAUAUGGCAAAUGCCCACUGUGGGAGCUUCCACCUGGCGGCAUCUGUGAAUAUAAAACCCAACACAGAUGCUGUUCUAAGUGGCUUUCUGAAUGCUUUCGUUUAUCAUUUUUGUAUUAGUUUUAGAUACGUAUAGU